GUAGCAGAAAGUGGAAAAAAAAAAAUAAAAAGGUAGGGAGGGGGUUGAGGCAGAUCGAGAGCGGGUAAGCGAGCGAGCGUUGGCGACGGAAGGGAAGGCAGAGAGAGGAGAGGGGGGGAGCACAUGUGUAUGCUUGUCACCGAGGUAGCUGGCCACGGCCGCCAUAUGCUGACUGGAUUCUUGCUCAUGUGUGCUGCGUGAAGACUGCAUGCUGGUACCGGGGAACACGCCAUGGGAAGCUCACAUCUCCUCAACAAAGGCAUGCCUCUAGGCAUCAGGCCACCGAUCAUGAACGGGCCCAUGCACCCACGCCCACUGGUGGCUUUGCUGGAUGGGCGCGACUGCACCAUAGAGAUGCCUGUUCUGAAAGAUGUCGCGACGGUGGCUUUCUGCGAUGCUCAAUCCACGCAGGAAAUCCACGAGAAGGUACUCAAUGAAGCUGUGGGAGCACUGAUGUACCACACCAUCACGCUAAUGAGAGAAGACUUAGAGAAGUUUAAAGCUCUCCGCAUCAUUGUGCGCAUCGGCAGCGGCUAUGACAACAUCGACAUCAAGUCUGCCGGCGAACUUGGAAUAGCUGUGUGUAACAUGCCUGCCGCUUCAGUCGAGGAGACGGCUGACUCCACGCUGUGCCACAUCCUCACCUUGUACCGACGCACCACGUGGCUGCAUCAGACGCUGCGGGAGGGAACAAGGGCUCAGAGUGUGGAGCAGAUCCGAGAGGUGGCUUCAGGAGCUGCAAGGAUCCGAGGGGAGACACUGGGACUCAUUGGACUAGGUCGGGUGGGUCAGGCUGUUGCCCUACGAGCCAAGGCGUUCGGCUUCAACGUUUUUUUUUACGACCCCUACCUUGCUGAUGGUGUUGAGAGAUCCCUGGGCCUUCAAAGGGUCACCACACUACAGGAUCUACUCUUCCACUCCGACUGCGUCUCACUGCAUUGCAGCCUGAACGAACACAACCACCACCUGAUCAACGACUUCACCAUCAAGCAGAUGCGCCAGGGAGCCUUUCUGGUCAACACAGCUAGGGGGGGUCUGGUGGAUGAGAAGGCCCUUGCUCAAGCCCUGAAGGACGGGAGGAUACGCGGAGCUGCCCUAGACGUUCACGAGACAGAGCCUUUUAGCUCUAGCUGUUAUCGUCAUAGCUUCAGUCAGGGCCCGCUGAAGGAUGCGCCCAAUCUGAUCUGCACUCCUCAUGCUGCCUGGUACAGUGAACAGGCCUCGUUGGAGAUGAGAGAGGAGGCAGCUAGAGAGAUACGAAGGGCAAUCACAGGUCGUGUACCAGACAGUCUGAAGAACUGCGUCAAUAAGGAGUUUCUGACUCAGAACAACCACUGGACCGGGGUUGACCCAGCUACUGUCCACCCAGAACUAAAUGGCGCCUACCGGUACCCACCGGGGGUUGUGAACUUGCCAGCCGGUCUGCCGCCUCCUGUUGAAGGCAUUGUGCCCAACGCUGUACCCAUCAUUCACUCUCUACCGCCUGCUAUCACACACCCUCCACAUGCACCAUCACCUGGACAAAACACAGUCAAGCCACCAGAGGGCGACAGAGAACAGCAUUCAAAUGAUCAGCUGUAGUCUUGCCCUUUCGCUGCAGAGUCAUCACGGCGAGUCUCCACACAUCUAAAUGAAGUCAACAAGUGGAGGUCUAAAUAACUACUGAUUCCAAACGUAAAGGCAAUUGACACCUAGUUGCUUGUUUGCACUCCAAAGAGAAAGUAGAAGAUGCUACCAGCCAUUGUCAAGAAGAGGAAAGAAAGACCAUUUUGCUCAUUUUGGAAAAAAAAAAAAAGACUAACUCCAGAUUUCCACGACAUGCGUAAUGGCUGCUGAACGGCUCUGCUGCGGAACGGCUCCCGUGAUGCGCCGUCGCAAUGGGCGCCAUCUGCGAUGCGCAUUGACUAGCGCAAAAGACAACAGUUUUGCCUUGGACAACGACUACUUUAUUUUGUAUCUAUAGCAAACAACAACAAAACCACAUGGCCAGCUAGCACACACAUUUUUCAUUUACCUCCCGCAGACCAGUCCCCUGCUUUGCUCGCACCUGUGUCAAUACACACAGGCCCCCAAAAUAGCUGUCCCAGGAUAUGCCUUUAAUAUGAUUUAUUUAUUUAUUUUGGACCUUCAAAAACAACAUCUCAUUCAUAGUGUCGACUGCGUGAAAUGUAGAACUUUGACCAAUUGACUUAAGGGAUACGCCAAAUGCAUAUAAUAUUGUAUUUUGAAAACUUUUUUUUGUGUCUGUGCAAGAAUUUCUGUCCAGCACAUGCAGAAUUUUGCUGAAUUGAUGUGUUUAUGUGGCAGAGGCCGUGCACAGCGUGCCAUCAGGCGGUGAAACUGACACACUGACUAGAAUGGAUGCGUAUUGGCUCUGCCACGCAUAGCAGCCGUUACGCAUGUAGUGGAAGUCCAAAGUAAACCCGUUGUGUUGGACUGUGGUGUUUCCAGAGUUAGAAGAGCAGGUUUCAUGACUUUCUUUACAGUAUUUUUUGUCAUUUCCUUAUUUUGACGUGCAAGCAAAAGUAGUAGGCUACGAAAUGAAUGUAAGCAGUGUGUGUACAGUUUUUAGAUGCAAGGCAAAAGAUACUAAUAUCUGUAUUCAAAUUCAAACAAGUAUUUGGCUUAUUUUAUCAAUUGGCUUAACACUUUGAGAUGUUUACCUUUGCUUGUGUUAACAGACUAACCAGCCCCCUGAUAAGAGGCAGCUUUUUUGCACAGCAUCUCAGGAAAUUACGUUUCCGCAGUUUAUAUAUUCUUUAAACUUUAAGAAUUCCAUUUUCUGCCACUUAGUGCUUUUUGUUCUUUGGACUGCUGGCCUUUUUCUUGUCCCACUCUAUGACAAAAUCAAACUUGAAGAGCUUAAGAUUGAACAAUGUUUGUUGUAGUUUGCUAUGUUUAAGGGGCAUGCAAUUUUGCUCUUGGGACUUGUACUAAAUGUUCAACCCAUAUGGAGGGCUUGUGAAAAGAAAUACUGUAGAAAGGUGGCAAAAUGGUAUGCUUGGCUGGGACAACUUCAUCCCCAGUCAAGAUAAAAUUGUUUUUCUUUCACUACAAUGUUGUUGAUCAGAGGCUGUCAACGAACUGACGCACUGAGACACGAUACCGUAGCACAUUUAAGAAACUGUUAAAAAAUGUGAUGUAUAUUUUCUUCAUAUUUUCAUGAUCCGGCGCUUCCUCUACUAAAUGGAGUAUUCAAGAGUAGCAGAGCGUGACAAGUUUUGCACAAGGUUUACAAAUGGUGCACAAUUGAAUAAGAUUGUGUGUCGCUUUACUUUCUGCCGAGGGUUUUUUUUAAAUAUUUCACACCCUUCAAAUCUUCAGACUCCUCUGCUUCCUAAGCCAUGUUGGCUGACAAAAACAUCCAUCCAUCCAUCCAUCCAUCAUCUUCCGCUUAUCCGAGGUCGGGUCGCGGGGGCAGCAGCCUAAGCAGGGAAGCCCAGACUUCCCUAUCUCCAGCCACUUCGUCUAGCUCUUCCCGGGGGAUCCCGAGGCGUUCCCAGGCCAGCCGGGAGACAUAGUCUUUCCAACGUGUCCUGGGUCUUCCCCGUGGCCUCCUACCAGCUGGACGUGCCCUAAACACAUCCCUAGGGAGGCGUUCGGGUGGCAUCCUGACCAGAUGCCCGAACCACCUCAUCUGGCUCCUCUCGAUGUGGAGGAGCAGCGGCUUUACGUUGAGUUCCUCCCGGAUGGCAGAGCUUCUCACCCUAUCUCUAAGGGAGAGACCCGCCACCCGGCAGAGGAAACUCAUUUCGGCCGCUUGUACCCGUGAUCUUAUCCUUUCGGUCAUGACCCAAAGCUCAUGACCAUAGGUGAGGAUGGGAACGUAGAUCGACCGGUAAAUUGAGAGCUUUGCCUUCCGGCUCAGCUCCUUCUUCACCACAACGGAUCGAUACAACGUCCGCAUUACUGAAGACGCCGCACCGAUCCGCCUGUCGAUCUCACGAUCCACUCUUCCCCCACUCGUGAACAAGACUCCUAGGUACUUGAACUCCUCCACUUGGGGCAGGGUCUCCUCCCCAACCCGGAGAUGGCACUCCACCCAUUUCCGGGCGAGAACCAUGGACUCGGACUUGGAGGUGCUGAUUCUCAUUCCGGCUGGCUGACAAAAACAAAGUAUCACAAAAGUAUGUGAAGGACAACACCCUGGUCUACUAUCCCUUUAACAUUUCAUGAUGGGUCCUUACUAAGUAUACCGUUUAGCCACCGCUGUGCUCUCUGUGUCUGUGUGUACAUAAUAUGGUGUUCUGCCUGCCUGUGUCAAUGUGACUUGGUGGUAUCUGUGUCUAAAAACAGCGCUGGGAUAAGGAGUGGUGCAUUGGACUCCCCUGAAGGCAUCGUCACUAACACUUCCACAGAAAUUUCCCACCAAAACAAUUGCAAAGUUGGGGGACAGACUUGUCUCAUGGUUUAAACCAUGGAUAGGGAACCUAUAUUCAGUAUGGCCCGAGCGAGAUAGAAUCCGAACAUAGGACAUGCAAUCCGAAUGAGUUAACCCAAAAAGCCCAAAACAAAUAAUUUACAAAUGCUCACACAGGGGUUAAACACAAAAUAACACCAUCAAGGUUUAUGAUCUUGGAAGUUAAGCCAAGUCACGUUGCUUUUAGGACCGCACUCUACCAGUGUCUGAGUAGCUAACAGUUCACUGUUGCCUACCUGUUCUUUAGGGUGAGGUAUAAGCCUAGCAAUCAGGGAUGGAAAUUUCACAUCGACAUUACUGAUGGGUCUCCUACAACCUGAGCUUUUGUCAAAAUCGUAUCGGGAUGUCUCGAUUAGAUAGCACACAGGUUCAAUAUUGUAUGUCUGGGAUCUCUGGGAUUUCUGAAAGGAAUUCUGUGACAUUGUGAACUUGAAGCCCACACAUUCCUCACAAGAUGCCUGUCACCGUUUGGAGGAGACACUUUGCAGAGAGUGCAUUAUUUCCAUAGCUACCUUAAAGGAAACUGCCGUCAUCAAGACAAAAAGCACACAAACUCCCAAAAAAUGCCCUAUGAAAUUCCAUCCCUGGUAGUGAAAUUCAGUCCAUUGUUGCCUCCCCUUUGUCCCUUUUAUGGUUAAGUAGUAGGCGUAGCAAUAUACAGUACAUAUAUAUUCUAUAUACGACAGUAAAUAUUAUUUUUGGUCAAACCUGACAAAGAUAUGUUUGUGAUUGUAUGCAUUUGUAUGAAUUAUUUUAAAAGGAAAUAAAACCGUGGAAGAUGA